AUGAUCACUCCAAUGAUCACUGUGAGAAUGAUGUUGAUGAUGGUUUUAACUGAUGAUGAGGAUGGUAGUGACAAAUGUGAUUUCAAUGCGGUGUUGGAGGCGGAGACUAAUGCUGAUUUGGAUGUUGGUGAUGGGGGUGACGAUGUUCCUUUUGGUGAAUUAAUGGACGAUGACAAAAAUGUUUGGCCACACAUUUCAUUUCAUGAGGUGUGCAAGCAUGAUCAUUACAAGGCCUGUGCCCUCUUAGAGGAGGUCAAAGCGCUUGAUCAAAAUGCUGUAGCUGGAUUUCUUCAACUCAAGCAACGGCUUCAUGAGCAAUUAAGAGACACCAUCAGGGCACAUCUUAUGAAGAAAUCCCAAUCAAAAACAGGAGUUGAUAGACAAGGGACUACCUUGUCUCGGAUUCACAAUAUCAUGCCAACAACCAAGAGGUCUUGUUCUCGAAGAAGCUACCACGCCAAGAAUGCCUAUCAGGGCCCGACAACCAAAAGGUCCAAGAAGAACUAA